AUGUCUGACACAGAAUCAAAGCCAUCUGACAAUGCAGAACAACCAGAAUUGAGCAAGGAGCAAAGGUUGGAGGCUGCUCGUAAGAAAUUUGAAGAUAUGAAAAAGAAAAAGAAGAAAGACAAGAAGAAGAAGACAAAGGCAGGUGAUGAAAACAAAGACAAUGGCGAUGUCAGCGAGAGCAAGGAGAGCACACCACAAGCAGAUGUCAAUAAUGAGCCAAAAUUACUUGACUCGGGUGAGGCAGGUGACAAAGAAAGUAACGACAAAACAGUUGAGGAACAGAAGGACCAAGAGGAGAAAAGUGAUACACUUACCAAAGAUCAUAAAAGUGGAAAGUCAGAGGAUGAGCUUGUUGUGGAAGAAAGAAUAGAGGAAGGUAUUCAGACUACAUCAAAGGCACUAAAUGAGGAGAAGGAAAGUACAUCUUUGGAGGCGAACAAAGAUGCGACUACCACGCAAGACAAAGUUGACGACAAAGAAACAAGUGCACCGAAAGCUCAGGAUUCUAAAUCAUCGCAUGAUUUGGAUUCAAUCAAAUCAGACUCACUGGUGAUCGAUGAGUUGCAAAAGACAAUCGAGGAUCAAAAGACGACGAUCAAUGCCUUACGCAAAGAAGUCAAAGAUCUCAAGCUCUCGAGGAUGGAUCUUGAAGAUACAAUUACCGACUUAAAGGCGGAAAAUGAGCAGUUGAAAAAGCAAGCAACAAUAGCGCCAUCUUCAACGCAAGCUCCAACUUCGUCUACGUCUGUUUACAGCGGAUCAACUUACCAACCGGCAAAACCACUAUUCACAACUAACGACUAUGCAUCGGCUUCGCAACAGAAUUUGAGCAAAUUUAGUUCGAUUGAAGAUUUUAGAGAGAAGUUGAUGAUUUGGAAAGGCUGGCAAGUUGAUAUGAGAAGCUGGAGCAGCCCCAACUCAACCAAAGCAGCAUUUUAA